AUGAAGGUUGGCGAACAAAUCAAGGAUCGGCUUUGGUUCGGUGAUGACCUGCUGCAGCACAAGGUGUCGAUCGGUAGCCUGGCGAAUCGUGCCAGCCGUUACUGGGAUUUUGCCAGGCGGUUAACCUCCGAUUUCAAGGUGAUUGUUACUUCCACGGUUUCCUCCGGUUGUGCCCUACUCGGAUUGCGACAAUGUGUCAGCCCAUCUGGGGCUGUUAACUGGUACAUGAUUGUGUAUUACCGUGUCGAAGAAGCAAAGUGGCACAUCGGUGAAGGUUGGCGAACAAAUCAAGGAUCGGCUUUGGUUCGGGUAACCAGCAACAAAAGAUCCUCGGAAGACUUCCUACCAGGAUAUCACCGGUCACAAGUCGGGACUCGAAAGGACAAAGGUCACUCCAGCAUCAACCAGAUUAUGACGGCAGGGGAUGCCAAGCUCAAACGUCACGUGGGCAUCGGCGAAUGGGGACACAGGACAACGGAGCAACCAAUGGAACCGCCCGACCGAACAACUAGUCGCGAUCAAAGGUCAUCCCUGCUAGCAGCACGUAUAUUAACACACGCGUAA